GCUCCUUUAAAAGAGCAAAAGAGCGUUGUCACGCAGCUUCUUGCACUCAUGCCAUGUAAUGAGCAAUUAGAGCAGCAGUAGGGUACAUGGGGAAAAGCUGGUGGAUCUCCUGCAUGGGCCAGCAGCGGGAAGAACUCGGGGUGAGAAAAAAGGGUUUGAAGACCCUCCUGGGGCUGGACAGUAAAUUGCACAGAGGAGUUCCUCUCAGCUUAGUGACAUGAAUGCAGGCUCGUCUCUUGACAUAAGCGCAGCUCCUGCUUGCACACCUUCAAAGGGUGCAAGCAGAUUGCGCUGGGUUCAGAGCCAGGUGAGAGCAAUGGAAGGUGUUAAACUGCUGGGCUGGGUCCACCUGGACACUUUGGGAAUUUCUGGUCCCAGCUGGCUCUGCAAUUUAAAAGGCUAGGCUGAGAGCAGCUGCUUUAUGGUCCUUAGCAAGAGAGCAGGAUGGGUGUUGCAGGGCAGUCUAGGGCUGCAUUUGGAGCUGUGCUCUUCUGGGGCUUUCUUGGUCCCCUUGUUUGGGUUGUGGGGGCUCAGGGUAGUGUUUUUUCUGAUCCCACCCUGCUGGUUUGUGGCCAAGAAAGCCUGCAGUUCACCUUACCUCCAGGCUGGGAAGGGAACGCUUCCUUUGUGCUGACUACUUGGGGUAAGUGAGGGUGGUGUCAAGAGGCUUUCUUACUGCUGUAUUUUGGCACAGUGCAGGUGUAUGCCUGGAAUGAGGAGAAAGGGGCAGCUUUUGAUGUGAAGUGUUGUCUAACGGCUUCAGUGCAUCUUGUGUAACCAGGGGGCUGUUUGUAUGACCUAGCAGUCACGGGCUUUGGUGGCGUGCCGUGCCUAGAUCUAGAUGGUCUUGGCUGCUGGGUCUUGGCUCUUCCCUCACGCACCCCUGCUGGCCCAGCCCCUAAUACUGGCUAGGGCCUUUUUUCCGACAGAAGGGUAGGAUUGUAGCGGACCCCGUCUUCAACGUGGGAUGCUGAAACCUCUGCUGCUGUCUCCUCUUUCCCUAGAUACCGAGGGGGAGGCACACGUUCUGCAGAAUGACUCUGAGUGUGGGCUCUUGGUAUCUGGGACUCCAGAUGGCUCCAGGAAAGUAUUGGUCUCCUAUACUGGCUGUUAUGUCUUUGAAUGGGAUGGCAAUUACCUCAUGCUGGUUGGGCUUGAAGGAACAGACGAUGCUGGACAAAAGGUUCUUCAUGAAGAGAAGCUGCUCAGGUGCCCUGUGGACCUUCCUGCCCUGGAUGCUCCAAGCAGUGGUGUCUGUUCUGCUGUCCUCAGCCAAGACCGGCUGCUGUGUGCCUCCUUGCCUAUCAGCCAGGGAGACUGUGAAGAGCGAGGCUGUUGCUAUGACCCUAGGGACAGGGUGAAGCCUUGUUACUUUGGUCACACAGGACUUUUAUAUGACCAUGAUGCAGGGGACAAGAAAUACCUACGUAAAUGAAGAUCAAGACAAGCGCUGCAAACCAGACAUCCAAACACAAGCAAAGCCCGCGAGGACAAAUAAGCCCAGAGGAGAGCCACCUGUGGUGGAAUCCAUUUAUGAAAACCAUCCACCCUGUCACUGAAGGAAAAGCACCGAGUAGGGGCUGGGACUAGAGAUAACAGACACGAUCCUUUUCCUGGACACCAGGGGUCACGCGGUUGCAGUUUAUGAACAAGAGAGUUUUCUCUUUGUGUGUACAUGAAAUUCUACGGAGGACAGGACAAAAGAGACUUUGGAGAGGGGAAGAACUUGUUUGCAAUGACGCCUCUGAGAUGCAGAAGCUAAAUGAGAUUCCCCUGGAAUA